AUUAUAUUAUGCAAUCUUGUGUUCGAUUUUUAAUUGUUUUAGCUGUCAUUACUGCUUUUAUUUGUACAACAUACUCUGUUCCAAUAGAAAACAAGAUCAAUCAAAAGAUCAAGAACCCAAGAAGAGCAAUUGAAUCCUCUCAGUACUUGGCAAAGCGAGAACAUGACGCUAUCGAUAUUAACUCAUCAGCCAAAAGCGGUAGCGCCCCUAUUAUGAUGGCUAUUACUACCACAGAGACUCCUAAAAAGAUUAAGAGUGCUCAUCAAUUAUUAGAUGGUAUUGUCUUUUUGAAAAAGCAAAACUCUAAAGCCCGUAAGGAAGCUGCUAAGGCUGCUAAAGCCGCUGCUAAGGCUGCUAAAGCUUCUAAAGCUGCUGCUAAGGCGGCUAAAGCCACCGCUACUGCUACACAUGAUUCUUAA